GUUAUUCAUCGCGUAAUGGAGACGAAAAAUAGUGGGGCGAGAUAUGGUGCUCUAUCCUAUCUAGCGAGCUGCUGUGGUCACCGCCAGUCCUUCAAAAUCAAAGAUCCACGAAUACCAAGUUUAAUUGCUUCCAAUGUAGCAAAGCAAACAGCGGUGAGGGAUGAGCUAAGGAAGAGGGAGAUGAUAAAUGUGCAGCCCGCGGCGAGGGGGGAGGAGCCAGCAGGGAAAGCUGCCGCUGCCAGCACAGCACGUUCCCACUCCCAGUCACCGCCAGACCACCGCGCCGUAACCAUGGAAGGGAAGGCUUUCCUCACUGAAGAAGCUGCUUACAAGAACCUCCAGCAGUACUACGACAGCAAUGGCUCCAAGCUCAACAUACUGCAGAUGUUCAAGCAGGACGCUGACCGGUUCAAGAAGUAUAGCCUGACUCUGAAGACCCCCAGCGAUGGAGACAUUCUCUUUGACUACAGCAAGAACCGCAUCAACAGUGAGGUCAUGAAGCUGCUGAUGGAUCUGGCACGCGCUCGCAAGAUUGAGGCUUCCCGGGAUGCUAUGUUCUCCGGGGAAAAAAUUAACUUCACUGAGGGCCGUGCUGUGCUGCACAUCACACUGCGCAACCGAACCAACACCCCUAUCAUGGUGGAUGGGCAAGAUGUGAUGCCCAACGUGAAUGCAGUACUUGCCCACAUGAAGGACUUUUGUGGCAAGGUCAUUUCUGGUGAGUGGAAGGGCUACACAGGCAAGGCCAUCACUGAUGUGGUGAACAUCGGCAUCGGAGGGUCUGAUCUUGGCCCCCUCAUGGUCACCGAGGCCCUCAAAGCAUACGCUGUUGGCCCCAAUGUGCAUUUUGUGUCCAACAUUGAUGGCACACACAUGGCCAAGACUCUGAAGUUGCUGAAUGUGGAGACAACCCUCUUCAUCAUUGCCUCCAAGACUUUCACCACUCAGGAGACCAUCACCAACGCUACCUCUGCCAAAAACUGGUUCCUUGACACUGCCAAGGACCCAGCAGCAGUGGCCAAGCACUUUGUUGCCCUGUCCACCAAUGCUCCUAAGGUGAAGGCAUUUGGCAUUGAUGAAGCUAACAUGUUUGGCUUCUGGGACUGGGUGGGUGGUCGCUUCUCCCUGUGGUCCGCCAUUGGCCUGUCUAUCGCCCUCCACAUCGGUUAUGACAACUUUGAGAAGCUCCUUGCUGGUGCUCACUUCAUGGACAACCACUUCAAAACAGCUCCCCUUGAGCAGAACAUUCCAGUGAUCUUGGCUUUGCUGGGUGUGUGGUACCAUAACUUCUAUGGCGCCGAGUCACAUGCCAUGCUGCCCUAUGACCAGUACCUGCACCGCUUUGCUGCAUAUUUCCAGCAGGGAGACAUGGAGUCCAAUGGAAAGUUUGUGACACGCAGUGGCCGCACUGUUCAGUACACCACUGGACCCAUCGUGUGGGGUGAACCAGGCACCAACGGGCAGCAUGUUUACCAGCUGAUUCACCAAGGCACACGGCUCAUCCCUGCUGACUUCAUCGCCCCUGCCAAGUCCCACAACCCUAUUGCUGACAAUCUCCACCAUAAGCUCCUCUUGGCCAACUUCCUUGCUCAGACGGAGGCUCUCAUGAAGGGUAAGACUCAGGCCGAGGUGGAGGCUGAGCUGCAGAAAGCCAACAUGCCGGAGGACCAGAAGAAACGCAUCCUCCCACACAAGGUAUUCGAGGGGAACCGUCCCACCAACUCCAUCAUGGUAGAACGUAUCUCCCCCUUCACCCUGGGCGCUCUCAUUGCCAUGUAUGAGAUGAAGAUCUUCACUCAAGGCAUCAUCUGGGACAUCAACUCCUUUGACCAGUGGGGUGUGGAGCUCGGCAAACAGCUAGCCAAGGCUAUCGAACCCGAGCUCCAGGACAAGAACCCGGUCUCCUCACAUGACCCCUCCACCAAUGGCCUCAUCAACUUCAUCAAGCAGCACCUCUAAGGGCUUCCCAGGACUGCCUUCUUUGUCUCGGUGGUUGUGGCGGUCGACUCUCUUUGUCUUGUGUGCAAUACUUGUACAGGAGGUCUUUGUGACAAUACCUAUGUGACUAUUUUUUGUAAAGCAUCGUGUUUCGUGUUUUCCUGUUGUUUCAGGUUCUCUAUGAAAGACACUACAAAUAUUACUAAUGGGAUGUGGAUUCUGUCAACCACUCAUGGCAGGAUAACUGUUGUGGGUCUUGUAUAUAACAUCCGUAGUGGAGGAACCCAGUGAGUCAAGACACAUCAUGAAUACUUAUGUGAUUUGCAUGUAUAUUUCAUUAUGUCCUGAAGGUGAGAAAAACAGAGUUAGAAAUGUUACUAGCAGAAUGGGGAUCUUUGUGCAGUAUUAACUAAACCAUCAAUGAUUCAGAUUACUAAAGCAGAGAGUGAAAGGAACUGCAGUGGAAUUUCUAUGCAGCAAAAAUUUUGAAUAACAGUGUGUAAUCAAGAGAGAGAGAGAGUGAGAAAGAUUGAAUGAAAUUAAGGGUAAGAUUGGUGUGCUGCAUAAACUCCUACCAGGUAUAAGGAGUGCUUGUUAUGGUAAUGUGCUUGGGUGUAGAGGAGUUAUGUGUUGUCUUGUUGUUGUGUGGUGUGGAGGCAUGAGUCUAUGGACGUCUUUUAAGUCUCUGAGUUUGUAAGUCUUCAGUGAGCCUCAAGUCUAGUAUGAGUCUCCUUAGGCAUGCUUGGUUCCAACAUGUGAUUUUCUUUUCUGAUCCAUCAAAAUUCAGCUGACAGGUUAUCUGAGGCUAGACAAAGGUGUAUGAUAGUACAGUAAAUCGGUAUAUUUAGUUUUGUGUAGCACAGAUUGUGGCAUUCCUGGAUUAUGUACACUGCAGACAAGGUGCCUCCAUAGUAUAGUGUAUAAUGUAAUAAUUGGUUAUGAUAGUUUACAGAUUGGUGCAGUGUUAGCAUAAUGUAUAAUUUAUACACACACACACAUAUAUACAUGCAUACAUAUUUAUAUACAUACAUACAUACAUACAUACAUACACAAGUAUUUCACAUAAGUUGAUGAUGAUCAUUCUGUGCAUGAAAUUAUCUGCAUUUAUACAUCAAUUUUGUACACAUAGAGUUCUAUUUAUCUGUGAAUUAUAAAGUAUCAGAAAUGAACAAAUUGAUUAUCA